UCUGUUUCACCCUCUAACCUGCGAAAGCUCCUCCUGGAUGCGAGAAAGCAAGGCUGCAUCAAACAGCAGAUCUGACCUUCAUAUUAAUACAGAUUAACCGCAUCUGGACGCAUACAGUGGGAGUGCGGUACAUGGCACGUCCUCACAGACUGCACCACGACAAUGGGUCGUCUUUAAGACUCCUCCAGUGCUGUUUUAAUAGGUUUUAACGGGAUUUGCGUGGCUGUGGGUUGAUGUGGGCAUCAUGCACGCUGAUGUCUGCUUUCUGCUCUGCGCGUGCUUUUUCUCCACUGGAGCGCUUCAGCUGCGCGGACAGCUACUUCAGACAUGCAGCCAAACCAGAUCCAAACGAGAAACCACCAGAACAGAGAGAGAAGCGCAUAAACCUGGCAGCACGUUACUAAUGCGAAGUCCAGAUGUCACAAAAGCUCCUGUUACGAAAUCAGAACAGCUCCUCAAGUUAGAUGACCAUGACUUCACCAUGAGGCCUGGCUUUGGAGGGCCUGCGAUACCUGUGGGUGUUGAUGUUCAGCUUGAGAGUCUGGACACCAUCUCUGAAGUAGAUAUGGAUUUCACCAUGACCUUGUACCUGAGACAUUACUGGAAGGACGAGCGACUGUCCUUUCCCAGUAACACCAAUCAGAGCAUGACAUUUGAUGGCCGGCUGGUGAAGAAAAUCUGGGUACCUGACAUAUUUUUUGUCCAUUCCAAACGAUCCUUCAUCCAUGACACCACCACAGAGAACGUCAUGCUCCGAGUGCAUCCUAAUGGCAAAGUGCUCUACAGCUUGAGGGUUACAGUCACAGCGAUGUGUAAUAUGGAUCUCAGUCACUUUCCCCUGGACACCCAGACGUGCUCACUGGAGAUUGAGAGCUAUGCUUAUACUGAUGACGACCUCAUGCUGUACUGGAAGAGAGGAAACAAAUCUCUGCAGACGGAUGAGAAGAUCUCUCUGUCUCAGUUCCUCAUUCAGGAGUUUCACACCACCACAAAACUAGCCUUCUACAGCAGCACAGGUUGGUACAAUCGUCUUUACAUCAACUUCACUCUGCGUCGGCAUAUCUUCUUCUUCCUGCUUCAGACGUACUUUCCCGCCACUCUGAUGGUCAUGCUGUCAUGGGUGUCCUUCUGGAUCGACCGUCGAGCUGUUCCUGCGCGGGUUCCUCUGGGCAUCACGACGGUACUCACCAUGUCCACCAUCAUCACUGGCGUGAACGCAUCCAUGCCCAGAGUCUCCUACAUCAAAGCUGUGGACAUUUACCUCUGGGUCAGCUUCGUCUUUGUCUUCCUGUCUGUGAUCGAGUACGCCGCUGUCAAUUACCUGUCCACUCUGCAGGAGCGCAAAGAGAGGACGCAAAGCAACAGGCAGUUGCCGUGUACGUGUGGAAUGACCCAUCCUGGUCAGAUGAUGAUGAGCAACAGCUACAGCGACAUGGACAUGAUGACCACAGGAAACUACGGCAUGUCGGAGCUGAACGGAGACAAACAGGAGCAGUUCCUGGUUCAUCUGGUCCUGGAUAAUGAGCAGGGAGCUCAAAGACCAGCUGUAAGCUCAAGCAGCAGCUUAUUUAUAGACACUCAUGCCAUAGACAAAUACUCACGGGUCAUCUUCCCUGGAGCGUAUACACUCUUCAACAUCAUAUACUGGUCCAUCUACUCACAAUGACUGCUGCUCACUUACAUUUUAUGACAUUUGAGAAAGUCUUGGAAAUAUAGAUUACCUCUGAAAAACUGUUAUUUCUUUUUCUUUUUUCUUUUUUUUUACUACUCUUCAACAUGGAAUCAAUUUUUGCCUCUUAGCAAUAAACAAAUACAUAUGACUGUAUGUGGGCAGUCAACAUGACAUGUACGUUUUCUGUUCUCAAAAAAAAAAAAAGGUUUAUUUUUUCAUUUUUAUUUCUUGUAUAUUUUAAUCUUUAGGCUGAAAGGCAAACAACACAGAUUUUGUCAACAUGAUUUUUGUCUGUACAGACUUGUUUAGCAGUUUUAAGUAAAAUGUGUGAAUUGUACUGAUGUGAUUGUCCACGGCAUGAACUUUGAAAUACAGAAACGUAUCAAAAUGAACAACAUAGAUUAAUAUAUUAUUUAAAUAUGUUAUUAUUGUUAUUAUUGCAGUAUUACUUACUGGGGGAUUAUUAAAAAAAAAGACUGGUCAUGCAUUUUACAUCCUGAAAAACUUAAAAAAAAAUAAAUAAAUAAAAAUGUGGAGUGACUCAAAAAAUCAAUUUCAAUCUCUUGGGAAACUUGAAAAUAUUGAAAAUCUGGGAAGAUGGAAAAAGACAUUUCAAUUUGCCCUCCUACAAUGGUUUAAAUCUGUAAUGUGUAUGUGGACAAAAAACUUUAUUUAUUAAGUUUAUUUAUUCAUUCAUAAAGUUUUGUGCCCUAAAAAAUGCUGAUUUUCAGCAUUUUUAAGCAUGAAAUACAGUAUGUUUUACUUAUUUGUGUUGAUGCAGCAUAUUGGCAUCAUCUGUCAUGAUCUGAUCAUGUGUCAAAAUAUCUGAAUAUUUAAAAAGCGGUGUAACACAUUAAACUGUCUGAAACCACUUUUUUUUCUAACUGUGCAUAUUAUUUACAUGUAAUUACUGAGUGCAUAUUAUUUUACGGACUACAUGAAAAAAUAUUUUUACUUUUACCUGUUCAUUAGUAAGACCUCAGAACCACUGAAAUGACUUGGUGAAGACAAAAAGAUUAUUUAAAAAGUGAAAAUUUUGACUUAACUGAGAACAAUUAUUAAUUAACAAUACGUUUCAAAAUAUUUCACACUGUAAAAAAAAUGUUGCAAAGAUUGCUGGAAUAUGUUUUACAAAAAAAAAAAAAAAAAAAAAAAAAAAAAAGUAUAUUUCAGUCUUUCUACUUUAAAAAUGAAUUUUAAUUUUGUGUGUUACUGUUUCCUUGUAAUUAUUUCUGAAAUUUACUAUCAGUUUCUGAGUGCAAAUCCUACACCAGUUAUUUUCAGUGCAGAUGAUACUGAAUGAUUAUAGAAUAAAUACACCAGUGUCUGAGUGUGAGAGUGUCCAUUUCCAAAGUAAACAUGUCUAUUGAGAAUUUAGAAUUAAUUUUCAGAAAUAAUGUAGAUGUGCUAGGACAAGGACUGAUUUUUUUUUUCUAUUAGAAAGUACUUUUAAGAUUGUUACCACUAAGACAUUAUAAACUACACUGAUGAUGUGCUAAGUUUAAAUGCAUUAUAAAUCAAUAAUGUAAUAGCAUAAAUUAAAACGUUGAGGUGGUAAAUCAUUUUAUGCUUAAUGUGGAAUCUGUGAUGUUUCCAUUGUUCAGGCAUGUUACAGGAAGCAUUUCAUAUACGUUCUUUGAAUUUAUUUUUAUGAACAUAGUUUUACAUUAUAGAUCAAGACAUUAAUACAAUACAUUAUUGUACAUUAUAUGAAGUUUUGUUUGAUGUUUUUUCUUGUAUCUCCUGAGUAGUGUAUACAGUGUUUUUGGAAAAUAAA